AUGGAGAACCACGCGUACAGUGGCGGACCUGCGGAUAACGGCAAGGCCGAAAAUCGGUCGGUAGCAUCGCCUAUGAAUUCCAGCACCACGCUGCAAACGAUCAGCGACGAUACGAAAACCAGCACGAGCACGACGCGUGACAAAUGGGGCCGGGACAUUGAGUUUAUGCUUUCCUGCAUCGCGUACUCGGUCGGGUUUGGCAACAUCUGGAAAUUCCCGUACACGGCCCUCAAACACGGUGGCGGUGCGUUCCUUCUACCAUACCUGAUCGUGCUGUUUAUCGUUGGCCGACCCAUCUACUAUCUGGAGAUGAUAUUGGGCCAGUUCUCUAGCAGGGGCUGCGUGAAGCUGUACGAUCUUGCGCCGGCUAUGCGUGGCAUCGGCGUGGCACAAACGAUCGCAAUGUUCGUCGUGAUGACUUACUACGCGCCGGUGUUGGCGAUUACGUUUCGCUACUUUGUAGCAUCGUUCAGCAGCACCUUACCGUGGAGCGAGUGCAACCCUUCCUGGUCAAACUGUGUGAACUCUUCGUUUGUUGGUAAACUCGAGCCCACCAACACAUCCGUCAGUUUGCAAUCUUCGGCCGAACUGUUCUUCCUAAAGGAAGUCAUCCAUAAGGCACCCUCACUGGACGACGGGUUGGGCAUACCCGAUUGGAAGCUGGCAUUGUGUCUGCUGUUUGCCUGGAUUGUCGUCGCAACAAUUCUCAUCCGGGGAGCAAAGAGCACUGGCAAGGCUUCGUACUUCCUUGCGAUCUUUCCCUACGUGAUCAUACUGAUUCUACUCGUCCAAACCGUAAUGCUGGAAGGUGCAAUGCAAGGCAUACUGUACUUUAUAACACCGCAGUGGGAUAAGCUACUCAGCAUCGAGGUUUGGUAUGAGGCCGUAACGCAAUGCUUCUUCUCGCUGUCCGUCUGCUACGGAGGCAUUAUCGCGUACUCCUCCUUCAACAACUUCAGCAACAAUGUGCAUCGUGACGCCGUCAUUAUCUCCUGGCUCGACACAUUCACCUCCAUCAUUGCGGGAUGCAUCGUGUUCGGCGUGAUCGGCAAUUUGGCGUACGUCAGCGGUCAGCCGGACAUUCAGAAGCUUGCACGAGACGGUGCCGGCCUUACCUUCAUGACGUACCCGGAUGCGAUUGCCAAAUUCCAGUUCCUGCCCCAGCUGUUUGCCGCCCUGUUCUUCCUGAUGCUGUUCAUCGUGGGCGUCGGUAGCAAUCUGGGCGUAACGACGAGCAUCAUUACCGCGAUCCGGGACCAGCGGCCAAAUCUGAAGCACUGGCAGGUUGUGCUGGGCACCGUGACCAUGGGAUACUUUUUCGGCCUGCUCUACCUGACACCGGGCGGAUUUGAUUUUCUGGAUGUGAUCGAUUACUACGGCGCGAAGUAUGUAACGCUCACGUUUGCCGUACUGGAGUUGGCCACCGUUGCGUGGAUCUACGGCGUCGAUCGCAUCUGCCGCGACAUCAAGUUUAUGCUCGGCAUCGAGACCUCGUUCUACUGGCGGGUGUGCUGGGGACUAAUUGCACCAGCCGCCACACUGCUCAUUCUUAUCUUCAGCUUUGCCGACUUUGAGCUGCAAAAAGUCCCGAUGGGGUACAAUGUUUUAGGACUGUUUAUCUACGCCGUCGCGUUUCUGCAACUACCCGGCUGGUACGUCUAUGCGAUAUACCGGCGGCGCAGUAAGCAGAUGGAAUCGCUUCGUAAAGCUGCCCGUAACGCCCUGGAACCGCUGGAUGUUUGGGGUCCGGAAAGUGAUACGGUGCGAUUACAGUACCAGACCGAGGAGGAACAGUACCAAAACAUUCAUCCGAUGCACACGAGCGCUUUGAGGCGCAUCAAGAAGCGAAUGUUCAACAUUGGCUAA